AUGCCAUCGAACGGCAAUCCCGACAAGGCGCAGCAGCCUCUUGGCUCUGGCCUCAACAGCGUCUAUGGUAGCCAAACCAGGCACGGCAUCUGGAGGACAUACCCGGCGUCACACACAAGAGGCGGAUCCCUCAGCCAAGAUCCUGCCGAGAACACCAGCAACGGCACUCACAUUGGCCGCGAAGGCACGUUCAGCAACUAUCCAUGGAACGACGAUAACGAUCGAUCCUCCAGCUCGUCUCCUUCACGAACUCGAAAUGGGGCCAUACCCAGAGCCCCCACAUUUGGCAAUGGCGCUGAGGCGUCUGGCAUGAGCAACGGACUGAACGGCCAUGGCAGAAAUGGAUUCACUGACAAUGGCAUGGCUCGAUCCACCAACGAUGCCUCGUUUUUCGAGACUCUGUCCUCGAUCCCAGCUACCGACCCGAGCGGCCCUCCUUCCCGCCAAUCGCAGGCCUCUCCCGGCUAUGGCGACUUGUUCAACGGACGCACAAACGGACACGCGCAGAGCAGUUCCUUCUCCCAGCGUGCCAUGCCGAGCAACGGCAAUGGAUCUUCUCAUCAGGCCAACAACAGCCAAGCCUUCUCCCUCAACCAGCAGCUGGGCGACCACAUGGGUAUGCCGUACGGGCGGCGCGGCGCGGCCGAGCAUGGGAAACUCAAGGGCAUGUCCUCUCAGUCUUCUCAGCUCAACCCAGGCUCCCAGCCUUUUGCCGACACCAAUGGCUCUAGAUUCGGCCCUGCAUUUGCACAAGACUCGGCCCUCGAAUCGCUGGCCAGCAGCUUCUCUACGCUCAGGCGACCAUCCGACUCCCCAAGCGCGUCAUAUUAUUCGGAAGGCAACAGCACCAUCAGAAACUUCCCAAACAAUGCGGGCCCAUGGAACGUGAGCGCCGCUCUGAUGAGAGAUGCUCAGGCCGCCGAGCUCGAAAGGCGAGACUCGGCUCAAGCAUACGCGGGCACAUCUUACAGUCCCGGCUACUAUUCUCCUCAGCCUUCCUACCCUUUGACCCCUCAACACGCCAACAACUAUCUGGAGCAACAGUAUCCCCAGGCACACAGGCAAGCUAUGCUGUCAAGCUACAACAUGCCCUAUAACAUGCCAUAUCCUCUGAGUGGCACGUUGCCACAGAUUCACACGGCCGCCGAUGGCGACCGGACGCGAGGCUUACGCAGCGCCCGACUGGAAGAGUACAAGAACAACAAGGGCAAGAAGCACGAGCUUAAGGACUUCUAUACCUACAUGGUCGAAUUCAGCGGGGACCAGCAUGGCUCGCGAUUCAUCCAGGGCAAGUUGGAGACCGCCAACAGCGACGAGAAGGAGCAAGUCUUCAGGGAAAUCGAACCAAACGCCAUCCAGCUGAUGCAAGAUGUCUUUGGCAACUAUGUGGUGCAGAAAUUUUUUGUGCACGGCAACCAGGUGCAGAAGAAGAUGCUCGCGAACAAGCUCAAGACCAAGAUGGUGGACUUGUCGCUACAGGUCUAUGCAUGCCGCGUGGUCCAAAAGGCCCUAGAGCAUGUUCUCGUUGACCAGCAGCUCGAGCUCGUGCAAGAGCUUAGUGCUGACAUUCUCAAGGUGAUCAAGGACGGCAACGGCAACCAUGUGGUGCAGAGGAUCAUCACCCUCGUCGACAGGAAGCACCUGGACUUCUUGAUGGAGGCGAUCAGUGGCAAUGUUAUGGCACUCUCCAAUCAUCAAUACGGUUGUCGCGUGAUCCAGCGCAUGAUGGACCACGGCACCCCCCAGGACCGCGACAGCAUCAUUGCGGAGCUGCGUCCGUCCGCACACUUGUUGCUGCCUGAUCAAUACGGCAACUAUGUUGCACAACACAUCAUCCAGCACGGCAGUUUCCAGGAUCGAGAGCGCAUGGUCCGACUAGUUCUUGAUCAGCUGGUAGACCUGUGCAAGCACAAGUACGCGUCCAAUGUGGUGGAGACGUGCAUCAUCCAUGGCGUGCCGGAGCUGCGCACAAUGAUCCGCGAACGCUUCGAGCAAGUCGGCAGCGACGGGACGAGCAUUCUCAGCCAGCUCCUGAAGGACAGCUAUGGUAACUAUGUGAUACAAAAGAUGGCGACUUUCCUUCACGGUGAGGAGCAGAAUGCAUUUGUCGAACAGAUCAGGCCCCUUUUCUCCAACUUCAAGAAGAGCGGCAACGUGCGACAGAUCUCAGCCAUGGAGAAGAUGUUCGAGCAGCAUUCCUACGGAGAGCUGAAGCCAGACAAGAAUACUUACGGCCAGGUCCGCCCCGUGGCGCCGGCCCCUGGCAUCACACAGGAGCCUGGACAGUCUCCAGGAGUCUCCACUAUGGUGAACGAUAGUGACGACUCCACCCUCAUGACAAACGGUAUCACCACCAACGGAGAUGGGCCCGGUGCUUAG